UCUCUCUCCCCAGACCUUUUCUUUUCUUCCCAGGACGGCAAUUCGAUUUUCUUUCCUUUUCUUUUUCCAAUUUUCUGCGAUCCAUCGUUGCACCCACUACCAGUUUUCUUCUAAUUUUAGGUAAAUAAAAUGUCUUUGGAUCUUCCCCCUUCACGUCGUAGAUGCAUAAAUCAUCUUUGCGCAAGAGGGCCGUCGCUGUCUUCGACUGGUUUCAAUUUCAGCAAUCUUUUAACUUGUUACUGUUGCUCAAACACGUAAGUUGUUCUUGAUGAUUCAAAAACCCUUCAAUUUUUUGUCAUGAUUUAGUUAGUGUACUUCAAUUUUCAGUUGGGUUUUUCGUCGAACAUAUUGUAGACGCAUGUAAUCUUUAUUCGGUAGAUAUACCUGCUGUAGUUGCUGUUAGAGUCGAGAGAUUUAGUUUAGAUUGAAUUGUUUAUGAGCUUCUCAAACUCUAGCGAGAGAUAGAGGUGGGUGUGAUGUUCAGAUCAUCACUACAGAUCAACCACUUUUGAUCUAUCCCUUGACCUUACAUCAUCUAAAUCCGGUAUGAGUUUAGAUGAUGCCCAGAUUGUCAACGUUAACCCCCAACUACAAUCACCAGAUACCUUGCAAAAUUCAUCUUCUCAUGGAGGAGGCUUUCAGUCCAAAAGUUGGAGAGCCAGCUCGGUCCAAGAGGUUGGCUUUGUUGAUUUUGGAUCGAAGAGUGUGCCACAGGGAUCCCAAGGAGGAGGUGCUGAUUCCGAAGGUCUUAGCUUGUCCAUGUCCCAUAGAGAGAUUGACAAUGAGGAUGCCAGGUUGGUCUAUGUAAAUGAUGCCUUAAAGACAAAUGAAAGGUUUGAAUUUGCUGGGAACUCUAUUAGGACAGCCAAGUAUUCUGUUUUGAGCUUCUUGCCAAGAAAUCUGUUUGAGCAGUUUCACAGAGUUGCCUACAUAUAUUUCCUUCUCAUUGCUAUUCUCAAUCAGCUUCCCCAACUUGCGGUUUUUGGGAGGGGUGCCUCCAUCUUGCCCUUGUCCAUUGUAUUGUUAGUUACAGCAGUUAAAGAUGCUUAUGAGGACUGGAGGCGGCACAGGUCAGAUCGUAUUGAAAACAAUCGCAUGUCAUCUAUUUUGGUAAAUGAUAGAUUUCAGCAGAAAAAAUGGAAAGAUAUUCAAGUAGGUGAGAUCAUUAGGCUUUCUGCAAAUGACACCAUCCCUUGUGAUAUUGUGCUGCUUUCCACGAGUGACCCAACUGGGGUUGCUUACAUCCAGACCAUAAAUUUGGAUGGAGAAUCUAAUCUGAAGACACGGUAUGCAAAACAAGAAACCCUUUCUAGAAUCCCCGAGAAGGACAGGAUGAAUGGGUUAAUCAAGUGUGAGAAGCCUAACAGGAACAUCUAUGGGUUCCAUGCCACUAUGGAGUUCGACGGGAAGCAUCUAUCUCUUGGUCCUUCGAAUAUCGUGCUUCGAGGCUGUGUGCUCAAGAACACUAAUUCGGCAGUAGGAGUUGCUGUAUAUGCUGGAAGUGAGACCAAAGCUAUGCUCAACAGUUCAGGAGCCCCAUCCAAGAGGAGCCGUUUGGAGACCCGCAUGAAUCAGGAGAUUAUCUUGCUGUCCAUUUUCCUUGUUGCUCUGUGCACGGUUGUGUCUGUUUGUGCUGGGGUUUGGUUGGGACGCCAUAGAGAUGAUCUUGAUAUUCUACCCUUCUAUAGAAAAUUGGAUUACUCUGAGCCAGAAGCAGAGAACUACAACUAUUCUGGCUUAGGGAUGGAGAUAUUAUUCACUUUUCUUAUGUCGGUGAUUGUGUUCCAGAUUAUGAUACCCAUUUCUUUGUAUAUAUCCAUGGAGCUUGUGCGUGUUGGUCAGGCUUACUUCAUGAUCCGAGACGACAAGAUGUAUGACAAAACGUCAAACUCUAGAUUCCAGUGCCGGGCAUUAAAUAUAAAUGAAGAUUUAGGACAAAUAAAGUAUGUGUUUUCUGACAAAACCGGUACAUUGACAGAAAACAAGAUGGAAUUUAAAUAUGCAAGCAUUUUGGGUGUAGAUUACAGUGGAGAGGGAACAGACUUUGAUGGUGAACAAAGGGGAUACUGCAUUCAAGGUGCUACACUGAACGGGCAGGUUUGGAGGCCAAAAAUGAUGGUAAAGGUUGACAAGGAGCUACUCCAACUAUCACAAACAGGAAAUAAUAUGAAGGCUAGCAAACAGAUCUAUGAUUUCUUCCUUGCAUUGGCUGCUUGUAACACGAUUGUGCCCAUUGUUGUUGACACAUCUGAUCCCGCUGAGAAGUUGGUAGAUUAUCAAGGGGAAUCUCCAGAUGAGCAGGCACUUGUUUAUGCUGCGGCUGCUUAUGGUUUUAUGCUUAUGGAACGAACCUCUGGCCACAUAGUUAUUGAUAUUCAAGGAGAAAGACAAAGGUUUAAUGUUCUUGGAAUGCAUGAGUUUGAUAGUGACCGGAAGAGGAUGUCAGUUAUAUUAGGAUGCCCUGACGACACUGUAAAAGUCAUUGUUAAAGGUGCUGAUAGUUCCAUGUUUAAGAUCAUAGAUAAAUCCUUUAACUUAGAUGUACUAAGAGCGACUGAAUCCCAUCUCCAUUCGUAUUCUUCCAUUGGUUUAAGGACCCUUGUUGUUGGAAUGAGGGAAUUGGGUAUUCCUGAGUUUGAGCAAUGGCAGUCUUCUUAUGAGACAGCUAGCACUGCCGUGAUGGGUAGGGUUGCCUUGCUUCGUAAAGUCGCCAUCAAUUUAGAAAACAAUCUCAAUGUAGUGGGUGCAUCUGCAAUUGAAGAUAGAUUGCAAAUGGGCGUACCAGAAGCAAUUGAGUCUCUACGAAAGGCUGGCAUAAAAGUUUGGGUUUUGACCGGUGACAAGCAAGAAACUGCAAUCUCAAUUGGUUACUCUUCUAGGCUCCUAACAAGCAACAUGAGCCAGGUAGUAAUUAACAGCAACUCUAAAGAAUCAUGUAGGAAGAGUUUGGAAGAUGCCUUGAUUACGUCAAGAAAAUUCGUGGUGUCUGGUGAUCCACAUGCUGGUGGUUUUGGAGCCUUGAUCAUUGAUGGAACAAGCCUUGUAUAUAUCCUCGACUCUGAGCUUGAGGAGCAGCUUUUCCAAUUAGCCAACCAUUGUGCUGUGGUGCUAUGUUGUCGAGUUGCUCCAUUGCAAAAAGCUGGGAUCGUGGCACUGAUAAAGAAUAGGGCAGAUGACAUGACCCUUGCCAUUGGGGACGGUGCCAAUGAUGUUUCAAUGAUCCAAAUGGCUGAUGUUGGAAUUGGCAUAAGUGGCCAAGAGGGUCGUCAAGCUGUGAUGGCAUCAGAUUUUGCGAUGGGGCAGUUCAGGUUCUUGGUUCCUCUUUUGUUGGUCCAUGGACAUUGGAAUUACCAGCGGAUGGCUUACAUGAUACUCUAUAAUUUUUAUCGCAAUGCAGUGUUUGUCCUUGUCUUGUUCUGGUAUGUGCUCUUUACAGGCUUCACUUUGACCACAGCUGUUACCGAAUGGAGCAGCGUGUUAUAUUCUGUACUUUAUACCUCAGUACCUACAAUUAUUGUUGCGAUUCUCGACAAAGAUGUAAGUAGAAGAUCUCUACUGACAUAUCCUCAGUUAUAUGGGACUGGACAAAGACAAGAAAGCUACAAUGCGAAAUUAUUUUGGCUUACAAUAGCAGAUACAUUGUGGCAGAGUAUAGUAGUCUUCUUUGUUCCGCUAUUUGUUUAUUGGAAAAGUGACAUUGAUGGUUCGAGCUUAGGAGAUCUUUGGACCCUGGCGGUUGUGUUUCUGGUUAAUGUACACUUAGCCAUGGAUGUUAUUAGGUGGUCUUGGAUCAGCCACGCUUCGAUAUGGGGGUCUAUUGUUGCAACCUGCAUAUGUGUUAUCAUCAUCGACAUAAUUCCAGUGUUACCUGGGUACUGGGCAAUCUUUGAUCUUGCAAGCAAGGGAUCAUUUUGGAUUUGCCUGCUUGGCAUUCAGAUCACGGCCAUUGUUCCACGAUUCGGUAUUAAAAUGUUCAUCCAACACUGUAAACCGUCUGACAUUCAAAUAGCAAGAGAGGCCGAGAAAUUUGGGAAUUCAGUAGAAUCAAGAGGUACUGAAAUAGAAAUGAACCCACCCCGAAGAUGACCCGUUUCCGUUUUAUGAUUAUUAUUAUUUUCUCACAUUCUUUAGGUUGCUAGAGAAAAAAAAGCUCUUCUCUUGCUUGCCUGUGUUGUUAGUUGUGUAGUCCUUUUGAUGUAAUCUUUCUAGGUUUGUGUUGUUGUAGAUUACCAUUAUUUACCACUUGAAAAUUGGAUGCCCGUUGCAUCAGUUUCGUAUGAAUUUAUUAGUCAAGAUACGAAUACAGUACACUGUAUGUUUCUCGUUCAAUCAAUGAAAACUUCUUAACCUGAUUAUAC